AUGGCGCCACUAUACAAGACGCUCCCUCCCGUCAGCCGACAAAUCCGUCUUCUGAGAGCCAAAACUACUGGAAGAGUCAAAGCAGUCGAGGCCUCAUGCGUUCAGGAAUGCCCUCAAUUUCAACUAGAGACAUUUUUGCUCGAUCUGCUACCCUCAUACAAAGCAUUGUCGUAUUGUUGGGGAACUGAAAAGGCCGACCAAGUCAUCCAUGUCAACGGGGAACCAUUUCUCGUGAAUCCCAACCUCUUCGAGUUCUUGAAGCUCAUCGACGCCGACAAAGACGACGGAACGGGGAACGAAUGCGUAGGAUGGAUAUUCAUCGAUGCGAUCUGCAUCAAUCAAACUAAUCUGGACGAGAGAAGUUCACAGGUCACGCUAAUGGGAGAUGUCUACAAGCAAGCGGAAGAGGUCAUCGUUUGGUUGGGUGUCCAAGAAACAAUGGUCAACGCGUCCACUGCUUUGGACCCAGAUGCCUGGCAGGAUUGUUGCGAUAUAGUGGAGCUACACUUCGUCACAAUGGCAGCGAUGCGGGUGAUUGGCACGCCAGUGCAAGAGAUCGCAAGUGACUUCCUGGACGCGCAUUUGGGCAUAGAGACUGCCCGUGCACUUGUCAUGCCUCUCGUGCGGCACUCGUUCUGGUCACGACUUUGGAUUGUACAGGAGAUCGUUCUCGCGCGAAAUUUGUGGAUCUGGUACCAAGGCUUGCGUAUCUCCUGGUUCACCCUGUACGAAUGUCUCAAGUACGGAUGGAAGAAUGUGAUAGACCCUUUAUCCACUGUCAAAAUGGUGGAUGUAUCGCCCUUCCGACCCGAGCAAGGCUUAAGGCUCAUGCCUGGCGACUAUCACGAACGGUUCAAGGGUUGGAGUGAUGCGCUCCAGACUUUUAGCCUCCUCCAAGACAAAAUUCGGUCGACCGAUUUGGCUCGGGCGCGCAAAAUGGACCUCAGUACUGCCAGCUCGAACUUUGUCAGGCGAGACGCUUCCGUGAAGAAUGACAAAGUUUAUGGCUUGCUCGGCAUGACUUCUAGCGUUGUCCCAGUCGACUAUCAGAGCGAUGCGAAUGCAACAGAAAUCGUACACCGAAUGGGCAUAUUCCCGCUACGAGAUCAAGGAAUCGUCGUAGUGGAGGAAGCAAUCUUGCGUAUCGAAACAUAUUUGGCGACGUUGGAACCCCCUCACAGCCCCCAGGAUCGAGCUCACGUCGAACUACUCGAAGAGCAUGUCGCAACUCUCCGAAAGCGCAUAGAAUCACAGCAAAAUGCAGAUCAGGAGGCACGUAGCCCGAUGUGGCCAGACAGAAUGCAACGACAGCAUGACAUCCGCUCUAUCGCACAUUUCUUGAGCGGACACAAAUUUAUUGACAAGCUGCGGGAAAUUCUUCCAACUCCGGCCCUUUUCAAGAUUCUCGAACACGAUCUCUAUAAAGCUCUUAUACUGGGACUUAAAAGCUCGGAGGACGUAGAAUCUAACAGUGCGUAUAUCUCAUCCAAUUCCGACUUUCGCACAUGGGCUGUCAAGAUGGCAAAGGAAUACCCGGAGCUUGGACGUUUACCAGAAAAAUGCCUUCGGGUCCCUCAGGAGGAAUAUCCUGUCCCUUGA